AUGAAGCUCUCCGCCAUUGCCUCUGUCGCUGCCAUCUCUGGCCUCAGCCAGGCUCUUCCUCAACUCGAGACCCGAGCAGACACUGUCCAAGGAUUCGACAUUUCCAACCACCAGGCCAAGGUCGACUUUGCUGCGGCCUACAAGGACGGCGCUCGCUUCGUCGUGUCCAAGGCAACUGAAGGAACCGGCUUCACCGACGACUACUACAAGUCUCACACCAAGGAAGCCACCGAAGCCGGUCUGAUCCACGGUGCCUACCACUUUGCCCGCCCCGACAAGUCCUCCGGCAAAGCCCAGGCCGUGUACUUUAUCAAGAACGGCGGCGACUGGAAGGAUGACGGCAAGACUCUCCCGGGAAUGCUCGACAUCGAGUACAAUCCCUACGGGCACACCUGCUAUGACCUCAGCGACGAAAAGAUGGUCGCCUGGAUCGAGGACUUUGUCUCGACCUACCACGAGCAGACCAAGCGGUACCCGUUGCUCUACACCACGGCCGACUGGUGGAACAAAUGCACGGGAAACAGCAAGAAGUUUGCCGACACGCCCUUGGUUCUGGCGUCGUACAGCAGCUCACCUCCCAAGACUAUUCCCGGUAGCUGGGAGACGUACACCAUCUGGCAGAACUCGAACAAGUACAAGCAUGGUGGCGAUUCGGAUCUGUUCAAUGGGGGAUUGGGGCAGUUGAAGAAGAUUGUCAGUGGGAAGUGA